AAAAUUGGUUAUUGACUCGAAAUUGUUGGAGGAAGCAUAGUUUCCUGACACCAGCAGAGCUAGAAAGUUGACCCAGGAAAGGCAGACCUGGUGGAAGUAACUGGCCAGAAGCGUUACCCACAGUGGCAGGAGACGACACUCAUCACAUUUGGCACAGGCCCCCACAUUGAGGAAUAAAAUCCUCCUUGUAAAAUUUACAUAGAAAAUCACUGAUUCCAGUGGGGGAAAAUUCUAUCAAAUAAAAAUGAAAGCAGAAAAAAAAAGCAAAUCUUUUUCACUGCUUUGUAUAAAAAGUUGAUCAAGGAAUUAAAUCGACUUAGAUAGAUCAAGGAAUUACAUUGACGUUCACUCUGGAACAUUUAUUCCCCAUAAAAAUUCAAAAAUAUUGGUAUAAUUCUGAUUCUAAAAAUGUUUGUAUUGUUUAACCCAAUGGAUUUAUAUGGUGGGGUCAAAAUGGUGGGUUUAAGGCACCCUAAAAUCAGCUGGCGAGAACAUACACACAGCGUGGGUCCACCUGCUUGGCUCACUCAGCCCCAGCCCUUCUUCCCAGGCUCCCUGGCAUGUCAGAAGUCCACACUACCUGGCAUCUGCCCCACCCAGGGGGGAACAAUGGGGCCACUGUGACCCUCACAAGAUUCUGGAGGCCUCACAAUGUUCCCCUGAGGUCACCACAGGGAUAACCUUACCACGCCCUGCACCUGAGGCACAGCUCUGCUGAGGCCAGCGUGGACGAUCAUCCUUAGCCCUCCUUCUGGCCAUCCAGGGCAAGGCUCCGGCCAGAGCCCUACAACGAAGCUUCUGGGGGAACCAGAAACUGGGACGCACCUCCCCCACUGAGGAGCAACUCAGGGGAGACUUCCAGCCACCAUCCUGGAGGUCCUCGCACCCAGUUCCCUUCACCCACCCCAGGAAGAGAUGCAGAAAGACACUUCGCUGCCACCCCCAUCUGAGCCCUCGGCCUCAAACACUGCCCUGGAUGCAGUCCAGCAGGCCAGCACGUCCGGACUCCCGAGCAAGAGAGGGACUGGGUGCCACGCCUCCUCCAAAGCCCACCGGAAGCCCAACAUAUCCAAGGUGAUCCUGGGGGUCGUGGCGAGCAAGGGGGCGCGCAACCGCGUGUCCCUGGCUACCCUGAAGAACGCCGUUGCCACCAGUGGCUACAACAUGACCCGCAGCGCCUGGCGCUUCAAUCGAGCGCUCAAGGGGCUGGUGGACAAGGGCAUGCUCAAGCAGGUGACAGGCAAGGGGGCCACAGGCCCCAUCUUCAUGGGCAAUAAGCAUGCCUCCAAGUUCAAGCUCAAGGCAAAGAGAAGGCAACAGCAGCAGCAGCGCCGGCCUGGGCAGCGCCGGUUGCCCAUGGGCUCCAAGCAAGGACACAAGAGGCUCGCCAAGGGGGUUCGCAGGGCAGCCAAAUGCUGCUGAAGUUAACCAGGCAGCCUGGACAAGCAGGGAGGGGUGUCAGGCCUGCCACAGGCUCAGUGCAGUGAGAAUAAAAGGAGCCUAACUUAUUUCACACCUGCCUCCUGGAAUCUCUGGGGUUCAGGGAGAGGGAGAGAAAGAGGUCUGGGGGCACAGAGGAAAGGUAAGGCCAUGGGUGGGGAAAACCUGGGCAAAAUAAGAGUGAGAUAGAUAGAUUUGGGAAGGGCUGGAGGAAUUGAAAGCAUCCAGGUAUUAGCUGAUCCAACCGCAUCAUCUUGCAGGUGAAGAAACUGAGGCCAGAAAGAGUCACAGCCAUUGUGUGGCAGAAAGCAGCCUAGAACCCAAGUGUCUGACUCACAGCGAAUCGUGGUUGUGUGUGUGUGUGUGUGUGUGCGUGCACGCGUGCACAUGCACGCACUGGAAGCCUUUUAAGUUGCUUUUUAAAGUUACUUCUCAAACCCUUUCUCCCAGGGUGGCAGCAGAUCCCUGAAGCCUGGCUAGGUCCCCUCUCCUGUCCCACUUUAGACUCCUCCAUGGAGACCAGAAAAUGAGAAAGCCAAGGCAGGAUAGGUUGGGCCCAGCGCCCAGACAGCCGAGGGCUGGAGCUCACAGGCCUAGGGUGGCUUCAUCAUCCCAGAGUAAUUUGGUUUGUCCGUUGCUCAUGGAGGUUGGAGGGUCCGGCUUGAUAGUCUAGGAGACCUCCCACCCAGCCCCCAGAUUUCCCCU